AUGUCGCCUUCAGUGCCCGUCCAGAAUCGGGCCACCUCAGCCCCCUGCGCGCCCCAGCGGCAGUGGCGCCACGUGCUGACGCGUUUCCUCGUGCCAGCCACGGCAUGGCGCGACGCAGCGGCCGGCGCCCUCGCGCCCCGGUGGGCGCCUGACGUGCGCUCGCACGCGCUCAGCCGCGACUCAGCGGGUGCGGUCAGCGCGCUGGAGCAGCAGCAGCGGCAGCCACAGCAAGGGCGUCCCGCGCCAAACGGCAGCGGUGGUGACGUCGGCGCCAACUUGUCGGGGGUCUGGGGAAAGGACGAGCGGCGCAGCGAUCUCGCGGCAUUCGAACGGUCACUCGACCUCCUGGGGAUCAACGGGGUCCAGCGCGUCACCGCCAAGCUGAUUGACGGGAUCGAGAUCCGGCAAGACGCGGCGGCGCUGACAGUGAGCUUCCUGACGGUUGUGCCGUUUUUUAAGGUUACAGAGCGCUUCCCAUUCAUGUCGAAGACGACGAUGGGGCGGCGGGACCUGCGGAAAGGCCGCCAGGAGGCGACCGCGCGCCGCACGGAGGGCGGCGCGCGCGUGGAGAUGAAGUGGGGGGAGCCGCUGGCAGGCUCUCUGGUAGAGGACUACACCCUGCUGCCCGACGGCGCCAUGCGGGUCCGCGCGACGACGACGGUCGGCGGCCGCAGCGUCACGGCAGACUCUGUUUACACCCGGUCAGGCCAGAGCAAGGAGGAGCUGCUUGCCCAGCGGAGGAAGGAGCGGCGCUAG